CCGGCAUGACUUUAGUCUGAGUUUGUACGCGUUACCGAACGGUUGUUGGUCGUAGUUGGUUACUAUAAAAAUUAUACACAAGGCAAUAUUAGGCCGGCUUGAAGACAGCCAUUAAUAAUAAAAACAAAAAGCAUUAGAAAAGUGUUUGUUACGUUCCAUAAAGCAGGAUGGCGAAGGACAUUGGUUUCGCUUCUCAUCGUAGAGUUAAGGAAAGAAAACAUCAAAAUCAAAAUUUUCCGGCUUUUGUUACUAAUCCGGUUGAUGAAAACUUGCACGAAACAGCACCGAAUCCUGAGAAGGAAGAGCUUGAUGUUUUCGUAGAUUCUACUACCGGUGCCGGCGCUCAGCCCGGCGGAGAUAAUAGAGAACCGGUUAAAGCCAUUAAGUAUGAAGAGCUCGACACCGAGGACAAGUUGGAAUACACAUUUUACCCCGCCACGAACGGUGUGGUGAACUUCAAAGUCCGAGCCCCGAACGAUGCCCAUCUGGCGUUGACCAGUGGACCGGCCGAAUCGGACCCAAUGCUGGAGGUGUUCAUUGGUGGCUGGAAGAACACUAAAUCCGUCAUUCGGAAAAAUCGCGCCAAGCCUGAUGUAUGCGAGGUGGACACUCCGGACAUUCUGAACGCUGGCGAGUACCGUGGUUUCUGGGUUAAGUGGAUCGAUGAUGUAAUAACCGUCGGAAUGGAGGGUGCUGCAGCAGCAUUUUUAUCGUAUGAAAACCCCGAACCAUUUCCAAUCAAUUUCGUUGGUGUUUGCACCGGCUGGGGAGCUUCUGGGUCGUGGAUUAUCCAACAGAACGAACCAGCACCAUCUGCUCCAGCUGCUCUAGUCUCUGGCGCUGCGCCUUGCUGGGUACCCACGGCUGGAGGGGAAAUUCCUCCGAAUGCGGUGGUUGGAGGUUCAGAUGGAGAAGAUUUGUACAUAGGUCGUGCGCAGCACGAGGGAGCAAUUAUACCCGGUAAAGUUGUAGCAUCCCACGGAACGUGCUACGUCGCAUGGGGUGGAGCUGAAAAUCCGAAGACGGAAUAUGAAGUUUUGUGCGAUGGGAACGGAGUAUUUGUGCCUGUAUCAGGUGGUGACAUUCCACCAAACGCCAUUCCGGCUGGGGAAUCCGAGGAUGGAGAGCCAUUGUUCAUUGGUCGAGUGCCUCAUGAAGGCACUCUUACUAUUGGAAAGGUCCAGCAGUCUCACGGCGUUUGCUACAUUCCUUACGGUGGACAGGAGCUAGCAUUUGCCGAUUAUGAAGUCUACGUUAGCCAGUAGACUUGUCGCUGCGUCAAGUAGGAAAGCCACGACAGCCUUAAUCAAAGUUUCGCACACGCAGCUUUACGCACAAAUGAAACUAAUCCUAAUGAAUCUCGAAUGUUAUGCAUUUUGAUUGCUAUAUAGAUAUGGACGUAUUUAUAUUUAUCGCUUUCCAUAUGUUAUUAUUACCACGUACAAUAAAACAAUGCUUUCACGAAUGCACGUUCAAGUUUA